ACUGAGAAUUAAUCUAAGAUGCGUUACUUCUAAUGCAAGAUUCAGUUAUUGCUACACAACAGUGUUAUUGGUAAAAGUUCAUCUUUUGCUGGGACGUGACGUGGCCAAACUCAAGAUUCAACAUUGAUUGCUAUUUAAUCCAUACUCAGCUAACUUCCUUGUUUCAUUAGGUUGUAAUUGGUAUAAAAACUGAUCCAAGAUCAGCACUUUGAGUAAGUGUAAUGAACAUGUACUCUCUGAGCAAACAUAAUUAAGACACCAUCUUCUCUUAGUGUUUAAGGAACUUCUGGCUCGACUUGAGCACGACCAAGAACCUGACCACAAGGAAAAGCUGGACAGGAAGAAUGGGGCUCCCCACAUUCCCAAGAUCGGGGAUAUUAAGAAAGCGAGCCGUUACUCCAUCCCAGACCUGGCUGUGGAUGUGGAGCAAGUGAUGGGUCUCGAGAAAGCAAGCGAGAAAGCCAAGGCCAACACAGUGGGCGGAAGGAACAAGCCCAAGAAGAUCUUUGGCAAGACUCUCCCUACUGGUGUAGUCCAGUCCCAGGAUGACAGCAGUGUCAGAGUGAAGCAGUCGAAACCGGACGCCCACGAGCUUUUGAGGGAGAGUCACAUCAGCCUGCUGCAAUUAAGCGCGGUGGAAGUGGCCACGCAGCUCUCAGUGCGUGCCUUCGAGCUCUUCCAUGCCAUUGAGCCCACCGAGUACAUCGAUGACCUCUUCAGGUUGCGGUCAUGCUUGCCCCGAACUUCUGGCCUCAAGCUCUUCUAUGAGUCCAUAAACCGAGAGACCUUCUGGGUGGCCACUGAGGUGCUGAGGGAACCCAACCAGUUGAAGCGCAUGGAGAUCAUCAAGCAUUUCAUCAAGAUCGCCCUGUACUGCCGCGAGUGCAAGAACUUCAACUCCAUGUUCGCUAUCAUCAGUGGUCUAAAUCUGGCGCCCGUGUCCAGAAUGCGAGGAACUUGGAAGAAACUUCCCAGCAAGUAUGAGAAGCUUUUCAAUGACCUGCAGGACCUGUUUGACCCAUCCAGAAACAUGGCCAAGUACCGAAACGUUCUUAAAAGCCAGAACAUGCAGCUGCCAAUCAUCCCUCUUUUCCCAAUUUUCAUAAAAGACCUCACCUUCCUCCAUGACGGCAAUGAUUCUAUGGUGGAUGGCCUGGUGAACCUUGAGAAGCUGCGUAUGAUCGCUAAAGAGAUCAGACAUGUGGGUCGGAUGGCAGCCGUCAACGUGGACGCGGAGCUGCUGUUCCGCACCAGGUGUCUGAACCGGGGACGUGCCAAUGCAGAUGUCCUGGACGUGACUCAGACGCGUAGGCAUAAGAAGCUGUACGAGGACACACAAAUGGCACCCAAGGUCAAGCAGUACCUGUCUAACCUCACAGUGGAGACCAAUGAGAAGAGUCUGCAGACGCUGUCUAUACAGUGUGAACCCUCCAUAACUAGGACGUUCCUAUGAGCCUCUGUUUUUAUAUUUAAAACCAUGACAACUUGACUACUACACUGUGUGUUAAUGCACUAUACAGCUGUCACCUGUACAUCUGCAUCAGCUUGUUAGGUCGCUCUACCUAACCUCAUGGUGUUUAUUUAUGAAUGUCCAAAGACAUGCACAAAUAUGUAUUUGAUUGUGCCCUGCGAUGGGCUGGCACCCUGUCGAGGGUGUACCCUGCCUUGUGCCCGAUGCUCCAUGGGAUAGGUUGCAAGGUUCCCCGUGACCCAGUAGGAUAAGCGGUACAGAAGAUGGAUGGAUGGGUUAUAAUAAUAAGUUUUUUUCAUUUUUUCCCCCUAAAGCGUUGACGCACCACACUCCAGUUCAGUAGGUGGCGGUAAUGCACCAAAAGCUGACAACCGCCAAUAAACAGUACAAGAAGAAAAAGAAGAAGAAGCAGGGGGGAAGGAGUGGGCAGGAGAUGGCAGAAGGAAGUGACGAAUCAGGAAGUGAGAUGGGGUUUGAAGAAGAUGGCGGGAGAGAUAGGAGUGUAUGGAACAUAGUACGAUCGAGAAAAAGGAAAAGAGAAUGUCUAACAAAGAGGAAACGGAUAGUGAGCAAAGUGUUAGCUUAGCAACAAAACAGAAAGAGGAACACGAAGUGAUAUGAGUUUUCUAGAAGAUACGACCAUAUCACACCGAUAUUAUCAAUACUGCAUUGGCUCCCAGUAAAAUCUUGCAUUAAUUAUAAAAUACUCUUAUUAACCUAUAAAGCACUAAAUGGUCUCGCGCCACAAUAUCUAAGCGACCUUUUGGUUUUAUAUGAUCCGCCACGCCUACUUAGAUCAAAAGAUGCAGGCUAUCUGAUGGUACCUCGAAUAGUGAAGGCUACAGCAGGGGGAAGAGCUUUCUCUUAUAGAGCCCCACAGUUAUGGAACAGUCUUCCUAUUAGUGUUCGGGACUCAGACACAGUCUCAGUGUUUAAGUCUAAGCUUAAAACGUAUUUGUUUACUCAAGCCUACCCUGACUAGAUUCUGUUCUACUUUCUCCCUCUCUCCUUUCGCCGAGCCCCACACGAAUUUAUGGAGAUACUAGAGAUCCAGAUCCUUUCUGCCUCUGGAUGGAGCUCAAAUCUUCUUUAAUUCCAGACUGCUGGGACUACGGCUGCUCUUAACGCCAUACAGACUUCAUAUAAAUCCAUAAUGAACUUUUUCACAAUAUCUGUUGUUACCCAGAUGAGGAUGGGUUCCCUUCUGAGUCGGGUUCCUCUCAAGGUUUCUUCCUCUUAAAACAUCUUAGGGAGUUUCUCCUUGCCACCGUCGCCACUCAGUGGCUUGCUCAGUUGGGAUAAAUUCACACCUUUAAUAUCUGUAUACCGUGUUGAUAUUUCUGUAAAACUGCUUUGAGACAAUGUCUAUUGUAAAAAGCGCUAUACAAAUAAAAUUGAAUUGAAUUUUCAUUUUGUAUAUUGUAAACAAAUUUUGUAAUUUGUAAAUAUAUUGUAAUUUUGUAUAUUGAAUCUUGUAAAUAAACUUCUGGAGGAAAUGUGUACUCACUCGCAGAUUACUGGGAUUUUCUAGGCUAAAUAUGUGACUGAAAGCUAUGAGCCUUCUUUUUCCUAAUAUGGAUCAUGCUUGUGUUAGUUUGCUUUUAAUUAGGACUCUUUAUUGUUUAAGAUAUUUAAAAAU